AUGUCCGAUCGACGCCGCAGGAGCCACGAAUACUACUCAGAGAACCCCGUCAUCAUCGAACGAGAACCACAGGUGCGUACAUACCGCAUCAUUCGAGAGAUAUCACCCAAGAGGGAGCGACUGACCUUCGGAUCGAAGCUCUACAACCUCUUCCGAAGCCGUCGGAAGAGAGUGCACAUCAUCGAAGAAGGACCUGUUCGAAGCCGCCGUCAGGAGCGACGAAGCCUGACUCCUCCGUCCUCGCCUCGAGGACCAUAUCACACUAUGGCGGUAGACCCGGAAGACGAUAUUUACACCCCGCUACCUCCUAAGCUGCCACCAAAGAAGACACGCGAUGAGGAUGAACCAAAACGAUACGUCCUGGAGGAGAGGUCUCCUCAACGGUACCGCAAAGUCAAAGUGGUCCAUGAGCACUUCGAUGACGACGACGCUCAUCCAAAGGUGGAAAGUCCCUCGCCACCUCGCAGCAAGCGCGACAGCGGCACGUACUACAUGUCGGGGGCCCGGGUCGACGAGGAGCAUGAUCGACCUCCCAAAGAAUAUGAACGUCGGCGCCCCGUAUCGGAUCCUGAGGUGCAGCGGCUGCGUGAGGACCUGGAACGACUCAAGCUCGAGCGUCGCGAUGCUGAGCUUGCUGCUCUGGCGGCCAAAGACAAGGCCGAAAGACUCCAAGCAGACCUCGAAUACGAAAAGCGGCAAAGAUCUCUGGAGAAACGCGAGCGAGAUAUUGCCAGACGAGAAGACUGGCUGAACCGACAGCGGGAGCAGCUCAUGGAAGCCCGACCUCCUCGUGAACGACAAGAGGUUGUCGUUGUCCAUAACCCCCCUGCUGGGGCACAAACCCGUGAUCCCAACCGAUCCGCUUUAGACAGAGCUAGGGAUGACUACCAGCGCGGACAGCAGGCCGCGGAUGCCCGACGAGCUGCCACAGGGGAUCGCCAUGCUCGUCGGGAGAGGAUUAUCAUCGUGGACGAUGAUGAGCAAGACCGCGACCGGGGACAUCGACGUCGGUAG